AUGAGCAGACUACCUACCCAGCUGCGCCUGGGUGACGAGCAGAGGGCAGCUCUGGAGGCGCAGCUGCACGAGGCCGGCCAGCGGCUGUACACCGUCUCCCGAGAGCACCAGGAGGAGCUGGCCGCGCUCCGGCUGCGACUGAAGCAGCAGGAGGAGGUGGAGCUGAAGCAGAGGGAGGUCCAGGGAGCCGUGGCCAGAGUCAGGACCGAGCUGCAGGCCGAGCUGGACGGCAUCGAAGCUGCGAAGGCGCUGCACCAGCAGACGGAGAAGACUCUCAAAGAGACGCGCUCCCAGCUGGCUCGGCGGGAGGAGGAGCUGGAGAAGGAGACGCGACGGCACCGCGACGAUGUCAGAAGGCUGCGCGAUGAGCUGAAGCGUCGAGAGACGGAGAUCAUGAGGAACAAGGAGGACGAGCUACAGCGGGCCGCCAUCCUGCACGGCGCGUUCCGCAACUACUUCAGCGCCUCGCCGCAGCGGAGCGGCCGGCUACGUCGGGGCUCGUCCGCAGCGGACCCGGCAGCGGCAGCGGCCGCUGAGUCCGAGGACGACCACUGA